CGCUGUGAAGCGUUAAAGAGAGCCGGUGGGUAUACGACGCACCCAAUGUGACCCGUGGGGAGGAGUGGCAGGCAGGGAUAGAGAGGGGCAAAAAACUGGCAGGGUGCGGUCUCAGUGCGCCGGUGGCAACUCAGAUCAUUUUAAUUCCCGAUUCAAGUGGAAGACGUGCGCCAAAGGAGCUGAUUCAAAGACAGCAGCAAGUCUCUCUGACAGCUGUCCUGGUCUGCGUCGGAGUUAUACCGCGUCUCUCUCACUCUUGCCUAGGGUCUUUUAGAUAAAUAAAUGGACUUGCCUGCUCAUUCUCAUGUCGGUGUUUUUCUCGAGAGACGAACGUUUCGCAUUCUAUGGGCACUGAAAACUUGGUACCACUGGAUCUUUUCUCCAGCGUCUCUCCAUGACAGCCUCUGCGUAAACCGACUUAACUUUUACGCACUGACGAUGACGAGAAUAAGGGUGAUAAAGAAGUAGAGAUUUUGUCCUCCACCCCCCAUCUUUUACCCCGUGGGGGGGAAUAAGGAUCGGCUGGGGGGGUAGUUUCUAACUCAACGGCAAGCUGUGCCACCUUACCACUCCGUGUUCGAGUGCCCGGGGGGUUGGGGUGGAAUGCGUCUCCCCGUGGUGUUUGGGAUCCUCGUCGGCUGCGCCCUGAUUUUCGCACCUGUUAACGAGGGCUGUGGGCCGGGGAGGGGAUAUGGGAAAAGGCGGCCUCCGAAGAAACUGACACCCCUUAAUUACAAGCAGUUUAGUCCAAAUGUUGCCGAAAAGACACUGGGAGCCAGCGGAAGACACGAGGGCAAGAUAAGCAGGAACUCUGAGCGCUUUAAAGAGCUGACGCCGAACUACAACCCAGAUAUCAUCUUCAAAGAUGAGGAGAACACAGGUGCGGAUCGACUCAUGACGCAGCGCUGUAAAGAUAAGCUGAACUCUUUGGCUAUCUCAGUGAGGAACAUGUGGCCCGGGUUGAAGCUCCGGGUGACUGAGGGCUGGGAUGAAGACGGCCAUCAUUUUGAAGAUUCACUGCACUACGAGGGCAGAGCUAUCGAUAUCACCACCUCUGAUCGCGACCGCAAUAAAUAUGGCAUGUUGGCACGUCUAGCAGUGGAGGCCGGUUUUGAUUGGGUCUACUAUGAGUCCAAAGCUCACGUCCACUGCAGUGUUAAGUCAGAGCACUCUGUGGCUACUAAGACUGGGGGCUGUUUUCCAGCUUCUGCUCUCGUCACUGUUGAGGAUGGUAGCAUGAAGACCAUAGAGAGCAUACAGCCUGGAGAGAAAGUACUUGCAUCAUCAAAGAGUGAUGGCAGCGGACCGCUCAUCUACAGUGAAGUUAUCGCCUUCCUGGACCGAGAUUCUUCUGUACAGAAGCAGUUCUACACCAUUGAAACAGACUCAGGUGCUAAACUGACCCUGACGGCAGCCCAUCUCCUGUUUGUAUUUCAGGGGAAUUGCUCAGGGCCUGUAGUGAGUGGAGAGCUGCAAUCUGUGUUUGCUAGUGACGUUCUGCCAGGUCAGUGUGUGGUGUCCACACAAGGAGCAGGACAGCAGGGGCAUCUGUCCCGGGUCACUAAGAUCCAAAUCCAGGAGGACAAGGGGGUUUUUGCUCCACUCACCCGCCAUGGCACAGUGGUGGUCAAUGGCAUAGUUUCCUCCUGCUAUGCAGCCGUGGACCAGCACUGGCUGGCUCACUGGGCUUUUGGCCCACUCAGGGUACUCCAUAGCUGGGGAGGGCCAGUUGGACAUCAGGCCAUGGGGAUACACUGGUAUUCCUCACUGCUGCACUGGGUCGGGACUCAUGUGCUGGACCCGAAACAUUUCCACCCCUGGAGCAUGAUGGACAAUGACAGAUGAAAGGAAGACAGGGGGCUGAGAAUGUCUUUAGAAAAAGAAGUGUUCAGUCAUUAAGGAACUGAAUUGAUGGGAUCAAAGGAUCUAAAAGAAGGAAACAAGAAAAGAAAGGAAUGGAGAAAGGAACCUAAUUGAGAAAAAGGAAGUGAGGAACAAAUUCUGAAAUGAAGAACAGAACCAUUUAAGACCCUGAAUAGACUCCUCUAUUAAAAGACUAAAAGGAUACAGCAAUUCUGUGGGUCGACCCUCAUUUGAGGAAACAAGUGGACAUGGACAUGACUAAAUUGAUUCUUUAAAAAAAUCCAUUUGUAAAAAAGAUAUUAAACACAACUUUUUAAAAUGGGUUUUCUAUUCUGCCAACACUGGAACAUUCUCACAUAUACAGUAAAGACGCACACAUUUUUACAUAGCUGUCUCUCUUGUUCUAUACACAUACAAGUUAACUUUACAUAUUGUUAUAGUCAUUUAAGUAAUAAAGCAGUUAAACUAUGCAUAAAUUUGCUCAUACUCAGGUAUGCAAUGACUCAACCACAGGAAAUCAGCCCAGCCCUACCUGAUAUUUGAAAAGAAAUGAGACUGGAAGGCACACACAAACACACCUUCAGAAACUUACACUUAAAGACAGCUUGGGGUAAAACAAGCAAUGCCUUUCAAACAUCAGGAACAUGUCUUAUUAUACUACAAGAAAUCUGCUGUACUUAUAGGUCCAUGAAGGUUUGUAACUGUUUUGUGUUCAUUCACAUGGUCAAUUACAUGUUUCUCACUGUAAAGGUGGCGGUGUCUUUCACAGCUUAAUCAAGUAUUUAAUGGUCACAUUGUACACUGUAUUUCUACAUCUUGCAUACAUAAGGGGUUGAGUACACAAUGUUUAUGAAGGCUUUGUAAAAAAAAAAAAAAGUUUACUCAUUGCAAUGUGUAGCAAUGUUAUAAGCAGCAGAGUUUAUGCCAGUUUAUGUAGUCCUUAUGUGUGCUUUAUGCAGUAAUACUCAAUUUCCAGUACAAUUUACUGUAUUUAUCUGUUUUGUGGCAUUAUUUACAUUUGACUUAAAGAUGUCAGAAAUUAUAUAAUAUUUGUAAAACUAUUUAAAGAUCUAUUUUUCAGAAUUAAAGAUUAUGGAAAUA